AUGGCAUCUUUUAAUUCUUCCGGUGUUACCUGUCGACUGUUGAUUAUUAUUAUUCUCGCUCAUAUCGCGUUUUCGCCAACUAUCAUUCGCGCCGAAACUCCACCACCUUUGCCGAUACCUGCUCACGUGCCGGUAAUCGGUGAAAACGCGCAGAACACACCUGCCGGUAUUUAUUCACCAGAAAUGUCUAUAAAUAAAGCUGGUGCAUUCUUGCCGGGUGGUGGGGCAAUCCUUGCGGCACCUAUGCCUCAAUGGGGAGAUUUACCCGUUAUCGACUCUGUUGGCGGACAGAGUUUCAUCAAUCCAAAUAAUGUGAACAAGAGACGAGGUUUCGCGAAAGGGAUUCAAUGA